GUGAGGUAGGCGGUGCUCGACUGUGCGCCCAGCUUUGGGAAACAGGCGGGGGUUUCGCUUCGGGGAUGCCGGGGUUCCGUUGUUAAAUCGUGAGCGGCGGCGAGCCCAGGGGAGUGAGAGUGGCAACGGGGUCUCACCCAGGAGAAAGCGGCGUCAAGCGCGGGGAGAACGAGGCAGGCCCGAGGCUGACGAGCCGCGGUCGCGGAGUGGGGCCGUCAAUGCCAUGUGAUGUGGAGCUUCACCGAGGCAACUUCCGACUGAGUUCUCAGGAAAGAGUCUGGGACAUACAGUGGCAGCACUUCAGCUGACAGAUCGGAAGCAAGGGGGGCUACACCCUUAGGGGCAAAGAGGGGUACGACCAGGGGACAAAUGGAGAAAAAGGAGAAGAGGUACCUCAAUGCAGACAGUGAGGAUGAGAUGGAGGUGAUUGGUUACCGGCCCUGCUGGUGGAAGAUCAGUCUGGUGGGGGUAGGCACACUGUGUACUGGUGGCCUGCUGCUCCUCUUCCUCUACUGGAUGCCCAAGUGGAGCGUCAAGUGCAUGUGUCGGGAGGUCUCGCUCAGAGAGGCUUCCGUGCUGCUGCUCUGGACCACGGAUGAGUUCCACACUUGUUUCCGGGUCCAAGUGCGCAACAUGGAGGUUCCGGGAUAUGAGCCCCUGGACACACCACUCCCCAGUGACCAGAAGGAGCCUGCCUGCAGCCCGACCACCCCUGUCAUCGAGGAGCACGAGUUGGAGAAGGACCUGUUACCCAAGGCUCCUGAGCUGGAAAGAAUUCAGCUUCGAUAUUUCACUCACCAUAAAGUCAAGUACCUGUGGAGCCAGCGGCGGCAGGAGUUCCACAGACUGGUGGCGCUGGAGGAGGGGAUCUCGUGCUCGGCGAUCUACACCUACCACAGUGCUGGGCUCUCCUCCCACUGCAAGGACUACCGGAAGCUGUUCUACGGAGAGAAUCGGAUUGAUGUGAAGGUGCCUUCCAUCCCCUACCUCCUGGUAAAAGAGGUGCUGAAUCCAUUCCAUGUUUUCCAAGUCUUCAGUGUGAUCCUCUGGUCCUUCGAUGAAUACUACCUGUAUGCAUCUGCCAUUGUCAUCAUGUCUCUCCUUUCCAUCUGUGUCACUCUGUACUUUGUGAAAAAGCAAUACACACUGUUACAUGACAUGGUGGCAGCUCACAAUGUGGUACGUCUGAGGGUUUACCGCGAUAACAAUGUCACCGAGGAAAUAUUCUCCACUGAUCUGGUACCUGGUGAUGUCAUUCACAUCCCGACCAAUGGCUUGAUGAUGCCCUGUGAUGCGGUGCUGAUCAGUGGAACUUGUGUUGUCAAUGAGAGCCUGCUAACUGGGGAAAGCGUGCCCGUCCUGAAGACCAGCCUCCCAAACCCUUCCAGGAGCGGGGGAACUGUGCAGGAGGAGGUGUACAACCCGGAAAACCACAAGCGCCACACGCUCUUCUGCGGAACAGCUGUGGUCCAGACCCGGUUUUAUGCCGGAGAGCCAGUGAAAGCCGUCGUUGUCUGCACAGGUUUCUACACUUUGAAGGGGCAGCUGGUUUGCUCAAUCCUGUACCCAAAGCCGACUGACUUCAAGCUGUACCGGGAUGCCUACCGCUUCCUGCUCUGCCUGGUGUGUGUGGCUGGGAUCGGUGUAGUCUUCAGCAUCGUGAGGAGCAGCCUGCUGGGGGAGGAGACGGAGCGCAUCAUCAUCGAGGCUCUGGACAUUAUCACCAUCACGGUCCCCCCAGCACUCCCGGCUGCCAUGACUGCGGGCAUCAUGUACGCACAGAACCGGCUGAAGAAGAUGAGGAUCUACUCUAUCAGCCCCCAGCGCAUUAAUAUGUGCGGCCAGCUGAACCUGGUCUGCUUUGACAAGACAGGAACCUUAACUGAGGACGGCCUGGACAUCUGGGGCUUCCUUCGAGCUCAGGAGGGCAGGUUCUUCUCCUUGGAGCCCGACGUGGCCACCCAGAGCCUUACUCGGUCCUGCUUCGUUGCCGCCAUGGCGACCUGCCAUACUCUGACGAACAUUGAUGGGAAGCUGUCUGGAGAUCCCCUGGACUGCAAGAUGUUCGAAGCGACUGGAUGGGUCCUGGAAGAGCCCACGGCUGAAGAGACGGCCCUGCACGACCAGAUUAUGCCUACCGUUGUGCACCCGCCCCGGCAGUCAUCCUCUGCCGCGCCCAGCUGCGGCGAUGCCGACUUGGAGCUUCAGGAGCUGAUGAAUUCCUACGAGAUUGGAAUCAUCAGCCAGUUCCCCUUCUCCUCAGCCCUGCAGCGGAUGAGCGUGGUGACCUGCACCCUUGGUCAGCGGCGGCUGGUGGCUUACAUGAAGGGGGCCCCUGAGACUGUGGCCAGCCUGUGUAAGAAGGAGACAGUGCCAGAAGAUUUCUCGCACAUCCUGGAGAAGUUCACCCGGCAGGGCCUGAGGGUGAUCGCGCUGGCCAGUCGCAAGUUGGAGUCCAAGCUGACCUGGCACAAGGUGCAGACAGUGAACAGAGCGGUGAUCGAAACCAACAUGGAGUUCCUGGGGCUGAUCAUGAUGCAGAACAAGCUGAAGCCUUGCUCCGUCUCUGUCAUCAGGGAGCUCGAGAGCGCCCGCAUCCGCACAGUGAUGGUGACAGGGGACAACAUGCUGACCGCCUUGUCUGUGGCCCGCGAGUCUGGGAUGAUCCCCCCGCACGGGAAGGUGAUCGUCACGGAGGCGACACCCCCCAAGGAUGGUCAGGUGGCCACCAUAACCUGGCAGUACACAGAAGAGGCAGGCAUCUGGAAGGCACAUGAAACCAAGGAUAUUCAAAUAACCGUGGAGGAUACCUGCUCGAAAGACGCGCCCCAAUUACCGGACGCCUGCUACCACUUUGCCAUGAGUGGAAAGUCCUUUGAUGUGAUCACGGAGCACUUUCCUGAUCUGCUUCCCAAGCUUCUAUUGUAUGGCACGGUUUACGCUCGAAUGGCCCCAGAUCAGAAAACCCAGCUGGUGGAGGAGCUCCAGAAAGUGGACUACUACGUUGGGAUGUGCGGCGAUGGUGCGAAUGACUGCGGGGCACUGAGGCGAGCUCACGCUGGGAUCUCCCUCUCGGAACUUGAGGCUUCUGUGGCUUCGCCAUUCACAUCGAAGACCCCCGACGUGUCCUGUGUACCGAAGCUCAUCAGGGAGGGGCGAACUGCUCUGGUCACCUCAUUCUGUGUCUUCAAGUUCAUGGCUAUGUACAGCCUCAUCCAGUACCUCUCUGUCCUCCUGCUUUAUUCGAUUCUGAGCAACCUGGGGGAUGUCCAGUUCCUCUUCAUAGACCUGGCCAUCAUCAUGAGUAUCAUGUUCACGAUGAGCUUGAAUUCAUCCUGGAAGGAACUGGUGCCACAGAGGCCCCCAACCAGCCUGAUGUCCGUACCGAUCCUGCUCUCUAUGUUGUUACAAACACUUCUCACACUGGCCUUUCAGGUCACUGCCUUUCUGCUGGUGAAGGAACAGCCCUGGUACAGGGCAGGAAUAGCCUCCCCAAAUGCUUGUAACGGAAACUGGACUGAUGAUCUGGACAAUACAAGCAUUCUGUGGUCAAACGGUACUGAAGAGGAUGAGGACCAUAUCUCCUGCUAUGAGAACACCACGCUCUUCUUCGUCUCCUGUUGCCAGUAUCUGGCUGUUGCUUUUGUAUUCUCAAGGGGAAGGCCCUUCCGGCAACCCAUCUACAGAAACUACUUAUUUAUGGGAUGUGUUCUGAUCCUGUAUGGCUUCAUCUUCCUGAUUAUGAUGUACCCAAUCGAAAGUAUUAAUUAUUUCUUCAAGCUGGUCUGCGUCCCCCUGGAUUGGCGGAAUAAGAUGCUGCUUUUAAUCGCAGCCAACCUGGUCCUUGCAUUUCUAGUGGAGAAUCUCAUAUGUACCUAUGGCGUCCAGUGGCUGAAGACUCUGUGUUCUGGAGACUCUGAGUGUCCGGUCUCAGGUAGUGACGCACAGGUGGGCGCAGACCCCGCAAGGGAGACGGUCGGAAGGGGGCUCUGGUGCCAGCGUGGACGCCUCCCCAAGGACAAGUACAAACGCCUGACCCGCGAACUGCUGCUUGACCCUGACUGGCCUCCUAAGCCCAAGACCUGCACCAGGGCUAGUGCCGUCCCCGGUGCCAGCCAAAGCCGCUGCUGGCAAGGCUGGGAGCCGGCAGACUCCUCCGCACAGUCCUGACCAGCUGGGGGUAUCCGGGGGCAGUGGGGCGGAAGGAGGGAGAGGGGGACAUUCAGCGGGCACGGUGUAAGGUGAUCCUUGUAGGGCGGGGAGAUGAACCCCAACAACAACCACCAACUGUGACACGCAAAUGCGAGGAAUUUUGCAGAUGCUGGAAAUUCAAGCAAUACACAUCAAAGUUGCUGGUGAACACAGCAGGCCAGGCAGCAUC